GCUAUGAAGAUUAUCAUCACCAGUUAACAACAGAAACAUCAAGCUUAAUAUCAAGUCAACAUAUAAAAUACUUCAAUUGAUUAGUUUUUAUGAUAAUUAACUUUCAAAUUGUGUCAUUGAUUAUUGUGAUUAUACAAGGAUAAGAUAAUAAUUAUCACUGGAUUUACAAAUCCUUCGAGAAAACAACAACAAUUGUGUUAAUCUUGCUAAUCUUUUGCUAAUCACUUUUUGAUUUGAAUCUUUUUGUUUCUGGAUAAAACUUUGCUAAUCUUUUGGACUAAUCAAGUUACACCUUUAACUUUUUCUUGUUUUGUUUUUAAUAUUAAAUUAACUACAAAUGUCGGUGUUUUCAUGACAUUGUAAUCUCACAAGGAAAGUUAUAAAUCAAUUCAUUAAUCCAUUGGAUCCAUAAUUAUAUUUAAACUUUAUAAAUAUUUAAAAGUGUAUCAACUUUAAUAUUAUGGCGGAAGUGAUGAAAUUUGAUGAUUUCAAACAGGAAGGUUCAGAUGGUCCAUAUAAGAAUCACCACUUGGCCCUGUUAAAUGCCCAAUGUGAGAAACUGAGCCAUAAGACACCCCCACCUCUGGCCGAUGCUGCAGUGGGCAAAGGUUUCUACCCUUGGAAAAAAUCAGCCACUCUCUCAUCAACCAGUUCCCCAAGCGGCUUAUCAGAAAUCAACGGGAGUUCAAACGGAGUAGGAGGUGGAACCAUCGUCAACAGUAACAACACCGCCACCACCAACACCAGUAACAACAACUCGAGUAACAACAACAACAACAACAACAGUAACAAUCACAACGGUAACAAUUCAACAAAUAGUAAUAACAAUUCAAACAGUUCAUCAAAUAGUAAUAGUAAUUCAAAUAAUUCUUCAUCAUCAUCUUCAGGUAAUGAUAAUUAUUUAAUUAUAGCCAAUAAAAUAAAAAGUGAUUCUAAUCCAGAGACAAAGUGUUAUCAUGUUGAUUCAACUCGAUUAACACCUUCAUCUCAACUUAAAUCAACUUUAACAGAAUUAACUAAUUGUUCACCAUUAUCUCCAACCUACUCUUCUCCUUCCCUCUCAGCUCCAUCACCACAACUUCACCAUUCACAUGCACAUCAUUCAACGUCAAAUCAUCACCACCACCACCACCAACAACAACAACAACAACAACAACACCAACAUCAACUAUCUCACCAUCAACAACAACAUCUUCAACAGCAACACCAUCAACACCAACAGCAUCCUCAUCAUUUAAAUAACCACCAUUCACAUCAUCACCCUCAACAUCCAACACCACCACCUCCAACCUCAUCUGUACUUGGCUCAGGUUAUCAUCAGCGUCCAUCGUCGGUCUCCUCAUCACCUUGUGGCUCCCUUGGAGUGACCUCUCCCUCUGUUAAUAAUUCAACUUCCAAUAGUACCAAUAAUAAUACAACAAACGGUUCAUCAACUGGAUCAACCAGCUCAUCAUCUUCUGUAUCAAAUUCAAUCGGCGGCAGUGGACUAAUCAGUGGCUCAGUGAGCUCACCUUAUGCUGUUAGUGAUUCACUUUUUUACCCCGGCUCACCGGUAGUUACCUCAGUGUCAACUUCCGUUAGUGGUGAUAAUCAAGGAAGCUUUUUAACAACCGCCAAUAUGCACGGAGCAGCGGAAGCAUCUCAAGCAGCCCAUCUUGGGUCAAUGUAUUCACGUGUCUCAAGUGACCCCUAUGGAUGGUCAUUUAAUAUGAAUCAUCCAUCUCAUGUACCCUCAAUUAAAGCUGAAGUUAAUCAUCUCUCUUACCCAACCUCUUGUUGGGAUGUUCACUCAGCGGCUUCUGCAGCUUCAGCUAAUCCUUGGCUUUGCGAUACUAGCUCUUUACACUCAGCUGCAGCCUCUUUAGGAUCAUCAAACUAUGGAAGCUCAGCUCCCGAUUAUGGAUUAGGAACAGCAACUCUUAACGCACUAACAGCAUCAGCUGCCAAUGUUGCCGCUGCUGCCUCAGCGGCAGCAACAAGUUCCUCGGCUGCACAUUUACUUUCAUCAGGACAACAUCUUUUACCAGAUACUUAUAAAAAUAUGUUACCACCUUCAACAGUUUCAGCCUCAUCAGCAGCCGCAGCCGCUGCAGCAGCAGUUUCACCUUUCACCCUUUCCCAACCCACCUUGUCCCAAGUGCCAUCACCACGAUCAACUCGCCGUUACACCGGACGGGCAACAUGUGAUUGUCCCAAUUGUCAGGAAACCGAGAGACUCGGACCCGCCGGGAUACACGCAAAGAAAAAGCUAACCCAUAACUGUCACAUCCCAGGCUGUGGUAAAGUCUAUGGUAAAACCUCCCACCUUAAGGCUCACCUUCGUUGGCACACCGGUGAACGUCCUUUCGUCUGUAAUUGGCUUUUCUGUGGUAAAAGAUUCACACGUUCCGAUGAGCUUCAACGACACCUACGAACCCACACCGGUGAGAAACGAUUCCAGUGUCAUGUGUGUCAAAAACGCUUCAUGAGAUCAGAUCAUCUCUCCAAGCACGUUAAGACCCACACCGGCGCUGAAGGUAAAAAAGGUUCAGCCAGUGAUUCAGAAAAUAGUCAAUCCGAGGCGACCCUUGCAAAUCAACAAUCAACACCCGGACCCCAAUCCAAUUAUUAAUCCAAUCUCUCAAUUAAUUAACUAAUUAAUCCAUCGAACUUUUUCCUUCUCUCUCUCUCUUAUACUUUGUCUUCUCUCUCAUCAUCAUCAUCAUCAUCAUUUCCAUCAUCAUCAUGUUUCCUUUUUCUUUCCCUUUGCGAACUUUUUUUUUCUUCUCAUCAUAAUUGUUCACAAUCAACAAUCAAUGUUUCAGAUUCACAAUUAACUAAUUGUGUCUCCUUUUCCCCUUCCCUUGUAUUUGUGUGUGUUUAACAAAACAAUCAUGAAUCUCAACCAAAAAAUUAACUUGGAAUCUGUAAUCUUAAUCAAUUAUAAAAUCACAAUCAUCAAUUAAUUAAUUACAGUAACAAUUACAACUAACUAAUUAAAUAAAUAACAAAAAAAAUGAUAAUAGGUAAACAAAACAAUUUGAUAAAUUAAAAAUUGACACAAAAAAAAA